CGGACAGGUCUGAAAUGCCAUGAGCGAGAGUCAUGGCACCACGUCGGAUUAAUUAAACACGGAUUCUGGCCCUGGGACGGACGCAGACACCGGAUGCUUUGGCGUUUCUUUGAUUUAAAUCGCGUCUUAUCGUAGUGACAGUGCGGCUCGGGGAGAAAUGGCUGUCCCGCCGGUCGCAGUCGUCAUCCUGCUGCUCUCGUGUGCGCGCACCGACGCCAACAGCGCGGCUGGCAAAGCGCGCAGCUGCUCGGACACGCGCCGCUUCUACAGCGGGAAAGGAUUCACUCUCUCCGGCGUCCCGAGCACAGAGAUCUCCGGCGAGCAUCUUCGAGUGUGUCCUCAAGGCUACACCUGCUGCACAAGCGCCAUGGAGGACACCCUGUCCAACCUGAGCCGCAGAGAGUUCGAGGGACUGGUGAGAGAGGCAGGACGUUCCAUCCAGGCUUCACUCAACGCCCAGUACAGGAGUUUUGACACGUACUUCCUGGAGCUGCUGGACAAAUCUGAGCACUGGCUGGAGGAUGAGUUCGUUAAAGCUCUGGGUUCUCUGUACGCUCCCAACGCCGGCGUGUUCCGAGAGCUCUACGUCGAUCUGCGCCACUACUACCACGGCACGCCGCUGAACCUGGAGGAGGCGCUGGACGAGUUCUGGAUGCGCCUGCUGGAGCGUCUGCUGAAGGCUUCCGACCCGUCGCUCGUCUCCGACGAGUUCCUGGAAUGUGCUUCGAAGCAGACGGAGACCCUGCAUCCAUUCGGCGAGGCGCCGCGGGAGCUCAAGGCCCGGCUGGUGCGCGUGCUGGUCGCUGCUCGAGCCUUUGUGCAGGGCCUCAACAUGGCAGGAGAGAUCGUGAGGAAGGUUUCUCAGGUUCCUCUGAGCUCUGAGUGUAAUCGUGCCAUCAUGAAGCUGGUGUACUGCCCACACUGCCGGGGCCUGGGCUCCAGCAAACCCUGCGCCAAUUACUGCAAGAACGUCAUGAAGGGUUGCCUGGCCAACCAGGCCGACCUGGACACUGAAUGGCAGAAUCUCAUUGACUCCAUGCUGCAGGUGGCCUCGAGUUUUGGCUCGGAACCGAGCAUGGACGUGGUUCUGCACUCCAUCCCUGUGAAAAUCUCAGAAGCUGUGCUGCACAUGCAGGAGAACAUGGAGCUCUACACCAGCAAGGUUUUCCAGGCAUGUGGUGAGCGUGGAGAGGAGGGAACACAAAGCAUGAUGUCUGAUGAACCCAAGAAGGACAACAGUGUGACGGUACUGGAGUACAAACCCAGCUCCUCAACAGCAGUCCGUCUGGAGGUGCAGGUCUCAGACGUGUCCAGUAAACUGAAGGAGAUGCAGCUGUACUGGAUCCAGCUUCCCUCGGCUCUGUGUGAUAGUAAAGCAGCAUCAGGCUCGUCCAAUGAUGAGGACUGCUGGAACGGCGUGGCUAAAGCUCGGUACCUCCCCGAGCUCAUGGGAGAUGGUCUGGCCAGUCAGAUCAAUAAUCCUGAGGUGAACAUCGACAUCACUAAACCAGACAUGACUAUACGACAGCAGAUCAUGCAGCUGAAGAUCAUGUCUAAUAAACUGAAAAAUGCCCUGGAUGGCAGCGAUGUGGAUUUCCAGGACACAAGCGACGACUUCAGCAGUUCGGGCAGCGGCAUGUGCAGCGAUCAUCUCUGUGUCCGAGGCAGGCCGCCUGUCUUUGGUCCAAAGCACGUCCAGCCUGAUGUGGAUUCCUACGGGACAAAGAACAAACAAGCGAAAGGCGCCGGCUGUGUAGCACUACCGUCUGUCUCUUUCAUUCUAAUUCUGAUGACAAGUCUCUUGCUCAGACGGUAAU